CUAGAUAUCCAGCCAAUCUUCUGGGACCUACAUUGAACAAAGAUGAGUGUGUCUUCCAGGAUACUGUAACUAGAGUGUCCAGGUCAGUUCAGACUUGACCAUGGGAGCCAACACUUCGAGCAAAGCACCAGUGUUUGAUGAAAAUGAAGACGUCAACUUUGACCACUUCGAAAUUUUGCGAGCCAUUGGGAAGGGCAGUUUUGGGAAGGUCUGCAUUGUACAGAAGAAUGAUACCAAGAAGAUGUAUGCCAUGAAGUACAUGAAUAAACAGAAGUGUGUGGAGCGGAAUGAAGUGAGGAAUGUCUUCAAGGAACUCCAGAUCAUGCAGGGCCUGGAACACCCUUUUCUGGUGAAUCUGUGGUAUUCCUUCCAAGAUGAGGAAGACAUGUUCAUGGUGGUGGACCUGCUCCUUGGUGGGGACCUGCGUUAUCAUCUGCAGCAGAAUGUUCACUUCCAGGAGGACACAGUGAAGCUCUUCAUCUGUGAGCUGGCCAUGGCCCUGGAUUACCUGCAGAGCCAGCGCAUCAUUCACAGGGAUAUGAAACCUGACAAUAUUUUACUUGAUGAACAUGGGCAUGUGCACAUCACAGACUUCAACAUUGCUGCUAUGCUGCCCAAGGAGACUCGGAUCACCACAGUAGCUGGCACCAAGCCUUACAUGGCACCGGAGAUGUUCAGCUCCAGGAAGGAAACAGGUUACUCCUUUGCUGUGGACUGGUGGUCCCUCGGGGUGACGGCUUAUGAACUGCUGAGAGGCCGGAGACCAUAUCACAUCCGCUCCAGUACUUCCAGCAAGGAAAUUGUGAACAUGUUUGAGACAGCAAUUGUAACUUACCCUUCUGCCUGGUCACAAGAGAUGGUAUCCCUUCUUAAAAAGCUGCUUGAACCUAAUCCAGACCAACGCUUUUCUCACUUGACUGACAUUCAGAAUUUCCCUUACAUGAGUGACAUGAACUGGGACGCAGUCCUGCAGAAGAGGCUCAUUCCAGGUUUCGUUCCAACCAAAGGCAGGCUCAAUUGUGACCCCACUUUUGAACUCGAAGAAAUGAUUUUGGAGUCCAAACCUCUUCACAAGAAAAAGAAGCGCCUGGCUAAAAAGGAGAAGGAAAUGAGGAAAAGUGACUCCUCUCAGACGUGCCUUCUUCAAGAGCAUCUUGACGCUGUUCAGAAGGAAUUUAUAAUUUUCAACAGAGAAAAAGUAAAAAGAGACUUUAAUCAAAGACAAGCAAAUCUAGCCUUGGAACAAACCAAAAACAACACAGAAGAGGAGGAUGGCCAGAAUAACAACCUAUAACAUGCUUCUGAGCCUUCUGGGGACAGUGCUUGGCACCUGGCCUGAAACUCCUGAUCACCACACACAGAAGAGCUGACAGCAGUCUUUGCCGCUCCCACACCUCCUGACUUAGAGAAUGUGAUUGAUAAUCUUCAGAAGUGGCCACACUCUGCAGCCACAGUCGAGAAGGAGAGCCUGGUUCUGAGUCCUCAGUUCCAGCUUCAGCACUCACUGACUCUGUGACCUUAAGCAAACCAUUUAACUGCUUCCUCUGUUUUAGUUCACCGCUCGAAAGGUAGAGGGUUAUUUCAGAAGAGCUAGCCUUUUCUCUGUUAAUGCUAAGAUCGCUCUAAACAGCCUUUAUUCUUAUUUUUAAAUGAAUAUUUGAAUGUAGAUUUAUUUUUUAUUCUUUUUGAUGACACUGUGAAACAUGGACACUGUAUACAGUGAGCCUCUUUGAGGCUAGAGAAUAUCACACAGGGGGCAGCAUGCCAAAGCUUGAUUGGGUAGGAAUAAAGAUGUUCUGUCAGGAAUACAUACAUAGGUCAGAUUAGAAGUAGCAGUGACACAUGGGACCUUGCAGUGGGGCAUCAGCAAGGAAUCUAUUUGCAAGUGUCUCCUGUGCUUGUAGCUUCUUACCUGUCUGUGAGGUGGCCUUGAUCAAUUGAACUUGAUUCCGAUGACAGGAGUCACACACAGAAGUUUAGCAAAUGCUGUGAGUUGGGACACUUUUUUUUUUUUCAGCAUGGCAGUUGUAAAAUAUCAGACUCUGGUAUGCUUCUCCCUAGAGGGCUAAUUUUCCUCAAGAUUAGCAGAGACCUGCUUCUGCAGAGGAUCAGAGACUACAGCUGAACUAAAGGCAGGGUUACUUGGAACUGUUCAGUGAAGUUAUACCUUACAGGAGAGUUUUGCAUGUUAAAUUUGGAAGCCUGCAAACUUUCUCUUGAGAAAUUCCUAACUCUCCAAAGUGAAGGGGAAAAGUCACUUGCUUUUCUGUCAAGAAACAUCACAUUUUUUUGUAUUGCUUGGCCCUUUUUCAUAUAGAUGAACUAAAAUAUGAAACAAGUUUACACACACCUACAUGUCUACUGUCUAGAAUUACUUUUAAAGCAGAAGGAUGG